AUGAAGGAAAUUUUGGCGAUGGAACUAGCUAGAGGAGCGCUCUCAUCAGCUAGAAGGAUGAUAACAUGUUUUCUGUAUCGAGAUGAAAUCAGUGCUGUCUUCGGUUAUCGACAAUCCACUCAAUAUACCUCUAGGACACCGUACCCCGGAGAUUUCGAAACGAUCUCAACGGAGAGCACCAACGGAUGGGGAUUCACUUCGACUGCGCUGCCGUGGUGGAGUCGUAAGGUCAACCAAAAUAAAGAUGACGGCGAAAAAGAAGACGCUCAAAAUGGAAACGAGUGA